CGUAGCUUUGAAUCCCAUAAUUCGCCAUCAAACUUUAUCAGGAGACAUAAAUAAUGCAUUAAGGUUGUACAACCAAAUGAUUUCAGUUGGUGUAGAACCAAAUUUAUAUAUCUAUACGACAAUAAUUUCCCUCGCAACAGUUUCUUCGAGACAUUCAUUAGCUGUUAAAAUUUUUAAAGAACUUUUAGCAAAAGGCCACAAACCUAAUGUAUGGUCAGAGACAACGUGUCACUUAAUCAUAUACCUUUUACCGCAUUGAUUCAAAGUUUUGUUAUGACGAAGAGAUUUGAGGAUGGUAAAAAAUUAUAUGAAAUGAUGAAAAAGAUGAAUCUGAAAAUAGAUAGAUUCGUAUAUUACCAUUUUGAAAAACUGAUUGAAAGAGCUAAACGCAAAGAUGAACUUAAAUAUUUGUAUGAAGAUAUAAAAAGAUGUGGAUUAGAUCCGAAAAGUCGGGAUAGGAUAUAUACUAAGGGCAAAGGGCCACGUUAUUGGAAGCUAAAAUUUUUGGCUCAGAGAAGAAUUUUAUAUCGAUUGAAAAAAAAAAAUAUUAAUUCGUAGAGAAAAAUGUAUCAAAAAUUACAUUAUAUUUGAAUCGCA